AUGUGGUCAGAAACUACCGACUCCUUCAAACAACGUCGUUUAAAGGAGUCGCGCGCUCGCUAUCCUCGAGGUCCCAGCCGGGAUGUGAUGCGAAAACGUAACGGUCUCUUCCUCUCCGAGUUCAGAGCCCGGUCUUCGUUUAAUUUGUUGCGGGAAGCCUCGUCCGCGCGAUCUCUCAUCCUGUCCGCAGUGUUUCAACUAGAACGUCAGUCGCAAGUGUCGGAGCAAGGGCCCCACGAGAAGAGGCUGCUGAACGCCCUCCUCGCCUCCUACAACACGCUGGAGCGGCCAGUGGCCAACGAAAGUGAGCCACUGGAGGUACGCUUCGGUCUUACACUGCAACAGAUCAUCGACGUGGACGAGAAGAAUCAACUACUUAUAACCAAUAUAUGGCUGUCAUUGGAAUGGAACGACUACAACUUGAGGUGGAACGACAGCGAGUACGGUGGUGUUAAAGACCUUCGUAUCACGCCGAAUAAGCUAUGGAAACCGGAUGUUUUGAUGUACAACAGUGCUGACGAGGGUUUUGACGGGACGUACCAGACGAACGUGGUGGUCAGAAGCAACGGCAGUUGCCUGUACGUGCCCCCGGGCAUUUUCAAGAGCACAUGCAAGAUAGACAUCACUUGGUUCCCCUUCGACGAUCAACAUUGUGACAUGAAGUUCGGUAGUUGGACCUACGAUGGCAACCAGUUGGAUCUGGUGCUUAAAGACGAAGCCGGAGGGGAUCUAUCAGAUUUUAUUACAAACGGAGAGUGGUACCUCAUAGGGAUGCCUGGUAAAAAGAACACUAUAACGUAUGCGUGCUGCCCGGAGCCC